UGGGCCCUGAGGUAGGACUGUCGGCUGCUGACGCCCUCCUCUUUCAGCCCUGAGGUACCCUGCCUGGUGGCCCCAGGACGCUCCCAUCGCAUGGCGGAGCGCUACGGAAGAUGCCCAUGAAACCGUUAGUCCUUCUAGUUGCUCUGUUGCUAUGGCCUUCGUCAGCGCCGGCGUAUCCAAGCAUAACUGUGACACCUGAUGAAGAACAAAACUUGAAUCAUUACGUACGAGUUUUAAAGAACCUAAUACUAAGUGUUCCCACUAGGGAGCCAGGCCGUGAGAAAAGAUCAAGGUCUCCAAGAAAUGAUUAUUCUGUAGGAUCGAAGGAAUCAAAAUCUAAGGAGAUUACACAUGGAGAAGCUUCAACUGAGCAUGAUACUUUAAUCAGUCCUGUCAGUGAAGGAACUACAACUUUCCCUACUAGUGGCUCCACACGUACUGAAAGUACACCAUUCUGGUCGAUCAAACCAAACAAUGUUUCUGUUGUUUUACGUACAGACGAACCUUUUAUUGAAAAAGAAGAUCCAGAGCCAGAGCCAGAGCCAAAGCCAGAGCCAAAGCCAGAGCCAAAGCCAAUUACGAAACAACCUGAGGCAACAAGGAUGUCAUCACGUUUUACUGAAUCAUCUGCAGGUUCGCAUGUCACUUCAGGCAGAACAACUAUCACUGCUUCAAGUAGGACCACUGAGGUGGAGAUCUCCACAGAACCAGAAGAUGUUCCUCAGCUCUUAGGCGAAUAUGACAAACUCGUAUUUGGAAAACACUCCCAGGUUUUGAAUAAUGAUGACAUUUUGAAAAAAAUUUCAGAUAUUAAAUCACAGGUGCAACAGGCACCUCUUAGUGACAGCAGCAACCCAGCAUAUAGAGAGGACAUCAAAGCCUCUGAAGAGCACUUAAAACGAAGCCUUGCUCUAGCAGCGGCAGCAGAACAUAAAUUAGAAAAAAUAUAUGAUUCCCAGCGAUUUUCACUAGGACGAACCAGUAAUGAAAUUGAUGACAUUGAAACUGUUAUUAACAUGCUGUAUAAUUCUAGAUCUAAAUUACCUGAGUAUUUAGAUAUUAAAUAUGUUCCACCAGAGAUGAGAGAAAAGGCUACUAUAGUAUUCAAUACAUUGAAAAAAAUAUUAUGUGUAGGUCAAGAAGAAAUUCAAAGACUUAUUAGGAAGUUAUUAAACAAUAAUAUAAAACUUUUAAACCUACUUGAUAUUCCAUGA